AAAACCAUUGUUAUAGAUUAUAAUUAAAGUAACCCUAAAAACAAAUAAACAGCCCUCAAUUCAAUGGAUGAAUUGGGAAGUAGAAGUGAAGCUUCUCCAUCUUCAACAAACAAGGAGAAGAUUGAGAGAAGGUUCAUUGAGAGAAACAGAAGGAAGCACAUGAAGAUGCUCUACUCCACACUCAACUCUCUUCUCCCUAACUACCCCAACCCCACUAGGCCCAAGGAAGCGCUGUCCUUGCUUGAUCAAGUGGACAAGGCCUUAAACUACAUUAAGAGCUUAGAGGAGAAGGUAAAGAUGUCUAAGAGGAAGAAAAAUAGUUUACUAUUGAAAAUGGGAAGAAAGAGGACACGUGGCGCUUGCAGCGAUGGUAAUCGUCCCAAACCGCCACAACUAGAGGUUCAUGAAAUGGGUUCAUGUCUUCAAAUUGUAAUGACAUGUGGAUUAGAUUCCCAGUUCAUAUUCUAUGAAAUCAUUCGUAUUCUGAAUGAAGAAAACAUCGAUGUUAAGAGUGCCAAUUCUUCACUCAUCGGAAAUUCCAUGCACCAUGUUGUUUAUGCAGAGAUUCCACAAUCUUUGUUUCAAUUGGGUGCGACUAAAGUAAGUGAGAGUUUGAAAAGGUUUGUGAAGGAACCAAUUAGUAAAAAUGAAUUACAAUCUGAUCAUGAGUUGUUAGAUUUUGAGAUCGAUACUGCUGAAUUAGCGGAGCUUCUAGAUUUCUUAGCAUAAUAAGCAAGGAUUUGCAUUGCUAGAUACUAAAAAUGGUUGUUUAUCUUGUUUUAUAGCUCUGAUUUCGGUUUUCCAUAACAUCUAAUGAGAUAACUACUCCACUUGUAAAUUAUGGUGACAAUUAAUAAAUAUUAAAUAAAAUAAAUUUUAUUAUUUUUGACUAAUUUUUUUUAUUAUUAAACAUUUCUGUAAUUUCAUGUUCUUGUUUUUUUUGGUAAGUAGUUUGGUGAAUUCAAACUUUUAGUUCAAAUAAUGUAUGUUAUAAUAUAAAUAUUUUACUUUUAGACGUUUUAAUAGUGAAAUUUUAUGUAGAUGUUCUUCUAGUGUUAAAUUUUGUUAAAUAUUUAUUUUUAUGAUUUGAAAACUUUUUUAUGUGUGUUUAUAUUUGUUGAUCGAAAAAAUAUUUUCAAUAAAAGUGAGUUAGAUUGAAAUAAGUCGAGUGUGAUUUUUCGAGAAGACACGCGCAUGAGUAUGAAGUUAGAAGUUUGGAUUUCGAUUGUUUUGUUCACUACAAAAUAUGAAGUUAGAAGUUUAGAUUUCAAUUGUUUUGUUCACUACAAAAAAUUUGAUCUUUACCGACAAAUCUUUAGUGGCCAUAUUAAUAUAGCCAUAAUUUCUUUUGUUAAAUGACUUCUUUUACGGUAAAUAAAAUAAUUGCCUUUAACACUUCAUUUGUAACGGCAAUUAGAUAAAUGGCCACUAAAUAAUCAUUAACUACGCCUGUAAUUCUUCUCCUUUUAAUCUUUUUUAAUUAUAAAGAAUAUCAGUUUCACAGUUGAAGUUAUUUUUUCGUUUCUCUUGUUUCUCACAUUUUACACCUCUUUACUCUGUCACUGCCACCACCUCACUUUGGUGUCGCAACCUCUUCACUUCGCCGUCGCCGCCAUCUCCUCCUCUUCCUCACACCAAGUUCUACAUCGAACGGCUCAAUUAACAUUCUUUGCUACCACCUCAUCCUCAAUUUGUGUUGGUUGUCGCUAGUUCAUGUUACAGUCUCUGUCGAUGGCUUGUAGCCUCAUACGGUGGUUUCUAUCACCACCUCUGCCAUACAUUGAUCUCUGGUUUCAGUUCGUACCUCAAUAACCUUUUCAUCCUUCUCUUGUUCAAUUGUGGUUCCUUAUUUAAGAAAUUCUCAUUUUCUAAGGUUUAUGUGAUUCAUGCUCAUUAAUUAAUUCACAAGAAACAUAAGUUUAUAAUCCCUUUAUUUUUUUUAUGUUUUGUUUUUCAUUUUAUAUUUUUGAUAAUUCUGAAAUUCAGCAGGAUUUUGUUGUUGUCGCUGUCGCUCCUCCUCUAUUUCUCUCUAGUUGUGUGCAGGGCCAUUAAUGGAUGUUCCUUGUGUUCAAGACAGAGUUUUCUGUUUUCCUGGGUCACACUGAAUUGUUGCCAGAACCUGCAGAACAAGAAUUGAGGCAGAUGAAGAACCAGAAAUCUCCCAAAUACAAUCUUCCAUGGAAGAUCUUAUGUGGUGUUAUUGAUGUUAGUGUCUGGCCGAGAUGGAAAGUGGCGAGGCUUAUGCUCGACUCACUUAGCAACCAUCUUCAGAUGAUAUGACAAUGGAAAAUCCUACUCAAGAGUUGGUAGCAAAGGAUAUUCAUGGGGUUGAAUGGAAGUUUAAGCAUAUAUACAGAGGACUUCCAAAGAGGCACUUGCUUACAAUUUGCUGGAGCGCAUUCGUUGCCAAAAUAUAAAUUCUUUUUAGUAUGGUUAACAAAGGUGUUAAAGCAACAUUGGUGCAAACAUUUCCAUCUCGAGGCACAGAUUAAUGUUAGCGGAAAGAAGAGAACAUCAACAUCUCGCAACAAGAACACUGAAAUUCAGAUUAAUGUUAGCGAAAAGAAGAGAACAUCAAUAUCUUGCAACAAGAUCACUGGAAUUCAG